ACUUUCUUGCUUUCUUGCUUUCAAUCAGCUCAAUAAAAGCCCCUCUCUGACUCAGUGUGGGUUUGUAAAAUCAAGGAAAACACUCACUCUGACAUCUCCAUGAUGGGGAUCUGCCAUCAUACUGGAUCAUCAUACUGGAUCAUCAUAGUGGACUAUCAUACUGGACCAUUAUUCUGGAUCAUCAUACUGGACCAUCAUACUGGAUCAUCAUACUGGAUCAUCAUAGUGGACUAUCAUACUGGACCAUUAUUCUGGAUCAUCAUACUGGACCAUCAUACUGGAUCAUCAUACUGGAUCAUCAUAGUGGACUAUCAUACUGGACUAUCAUACUGGAUCAUCAUAGUGGACUAUCAUACUGGAUCAUCAUACUGGACCAUCAUACUGGACCAUCAUACUGGACUAUCAUACUGGAUCAUCAUACUGGAUCAUCAUAGUGGACUAUCAUACUGGACCAUCAUACUGGACCAUCAUACUGGACCAUCAUACUGGACUAUCAUACUGGAUCAUCAUAGUGGACUAUCAUACUGGAUCAUCAUAGUGGACUAUCAUACUGGAUCAUCAUACUGGACCAUCAUACUGGACUAUCAUACUGGAUCAUCAUAGUGGACUAUCAUACUGGAUCAUCAUACUGGACCAUCAUACUGGACCAUCAUACUGGACCAUCAUACUGGACCAUCAUACUGGACCAUCAUACUGGAUCAUCAUACUGGACCAUCAUACUGGACCAUCAUACUGGAUUAUCAUACUGGAUUAUCAUACUGGAUCAUCAUACUGGAUCAUCAUACUGGAUCAGCCGAUAUGCUACUGAUCUUCUGCACAAACACACAAGCAUAUGGUUCAGACUUCACUAAUUAUUACUGAGAUGAAUAGAAUUCACCGGCGUAGAGAAACGGUGUUAAAGUAGGAAAUGACUAAAGCUUCUAGUCGACUGAUUUUUAGAUGAGAAGCUUUAAUCAUGUCGUAAACUGAUUAAUGAUCAUCUGACGUUUAGAUACCUUUCGGUUGUUUAGAUCUAUUUGUUUUGAAAAGUGGCAUUUAAAGCAUUUGGUGUGUGUGUGUGUGUGUGUGUGUGUGUGCGCGCUUGCUUUAAUGCUUCAUGUGGCAUUUCACCUGUUUGCAUCUAAACCUAUAUUGAUUUUUCUCCCUGUCAGUCUCUUUUUAGCUGAAGGCAAAAUAGCUCCCAAUCCACAGCUGCCUUUAGUCACUGCAGAGCUCAGUCUGGACCACCUGAUGCCUGCUGCUUUUUCUUUCUCUCUCUCCGGUCUGUCCAGAGCUUAGCAGAACUUGCUCCUUGCUCUGUUAUCAUCAUACAUUUAAAGGCCAACCCAUGAUUCAUGACUGGGAAAGAUAUGUUUACUCCACGAAAACUACUUAUCAUGCUGUAUGUAUGUGUAUGCUUAUCAUCAUACAUUAUGUUCCUGCUGUUAACGGGAGAGCGCUGCUCGCUCACGGCAUCAUUUCAGUGAUCUGAUGCACUGCAAAUAUAUGUGUUUGAAACUGUUAGCACCCUCUCAGGCUGGGGUACAAUUCUUCUUCCAGUAAAGACACACAUGUAAUUACUUUUCUACGAUCGCUGUACUCAUGUUCAACGCACAUGAAUCCGAGAAGGCUUUGGCUGAAUGCACGGGUUUUGAUGGCGCUACUUGACUUGGCCUGCAAGCUGUAACACAUCCCUCAUUUUAAUUUAAUCAAUCAGUAGAGAAGAUCUUAGGUUGGAACCCGAGGAUUUGGAACGUUGGAACGGUCUGCAGAUUAGAUCAAACCAGGAUGCAGGAUAUUUACGUAUCAGGAAGGAAAGUUAUGAAUUCAGGAGAUCAAAUCAUGCCAUGACAUGCUAGACCUGUAAGACAAGAUAAAUACACCCACAUCAAAAACACAGCAGACGUGUUAACAAGUUGUAAUGCAGCCGUUAAGACGGUCAGGUUCAGAAGGUUUGGUAGCACGUCACUGCAGUAGUGAAUCAUUGCUUACACCCUCACAGUCCUUCUUUACAGACUUCUUCGGGUCAAAUUCCAACAUUCCACGACGAGCCUAUUGGACCAUUGUAAAAAGCGGCUGAGAACUUGAUCUGCUAUAUCUGUGUAUAUAAAUGAAUAAAUAAUACUAAACGCUGGAGGGUGAGCAAGUGCAGGAGCUUCCUUUUCUGUUAGUUGACGUUUGAGAGUGAAAUAAAAAAAGUUUCAUCGAUUAUCUAAAGAGCAUCUUGCUGUUGGAGAAACCGCUGGAACAGGCAGGAUAUGAUGGUCUGUGAUGACAUCAGAGUGGUACAGACGUGAAGAAAGACACGGCGUUUGCAGUUAAACUGGUCCAUCCUGUACUGUAAUAUAUAAUUUGUCAUUGGUACACAGGCCAACCUGCUCAGCCGGAGUCAGCGCUGGUGAGUCUGCCGGCUUUUAUGGAACCGAGUAGACACUGAGGAGCUGGGAGAAACAUCACCAUCAAGGCUCCAGGCUUAGGGCCAUACUCGCUAGGCCAUGGACUGUAAGGUGAUAGACCGAGGGAGAAGGUGUCUCCACCUGGCCACCAUGAGGCUGCCUUACAUCUUCAUGUUCCUGCUGCUGUUCAGCGCCGGAGGUUUGCUUCUCCUGCUGCACUUACAGUACCUCACCGAAACCAUCCACCAACAGGCUCCAGGUGGAAAGCUCGUGUUCCCACAGCAGCAGCCGGACCCGUGCCCUUAUUGUCUAGACAAUAACACACACACCUCUAGGCCAAAAGGCCAAAAGCUGAGUCGUGUUCACCAAGUAAAUCCUGUCAAUCACCCCAAAGGCAACGCACCUCGAAUCACCAAGAACUAUCGCAAGCUCCUCCUGAAGAACUCAGCCCUGCUCCGGCAGCUCAACAGCACUCCUGCUGGCCAGGCGUCCAACCACAUCCACCGGUUGACCCAAAUACAGCAGUCCCGCCGCAAGCUGAUGAGAGACGUGUGUGCCAAAUACAGAAGCCUCACGAGGACCGUAAGCCGCAGGCAGGUGUCCCGCAUCUACGUCGAGGACACACACAAGCUCCUGUACUGCGAGGUGCCCAAGGCGGGCUGCUCCAACUGGAAGCGUGUGCUGAUGGUCCUGCAGGGCCAGGCGUCCUCCACAAUGGAGCUCAGACACGAACAGGUGCAUUAUGCGAACCACUUAAAGCGACUGGACUCCUUCGACCACAAACAGAUUGCCCAUCGCCUGAACACCUACACCAAAGUGCUUUUCCUGAGAGAGCCAUUCGAGAGGCUUGUCUCAGCUUUCCGGGACAAGUUUGAGAGCCCGAACUCGUACUAUCACCCAGUGUUUGGGAAGCCCAUUAUCGCCAAAUACCGUGCUAACGCCUCGAGGUCAGCCCUGCUCACCGGAGAGGGUGUGACCUUCAAAGAAUUCAUCCAGUAUCUGCUGGAUGUUCGGCGUCCUGUGGGGAUGGAUAUCCACUGGGAGCGUGUGGUGCAGCUCUGCAGCCCCUGCCUUAUAAACUACGACUUCAUUGGCAAGUUUGAGACAAUUGAAGAGGAAGCCAAUUUCCUCCUCAGGGGGAUCGGAGCGCCUGCUAACCUGACUUUCCCCAGCUUUAAAGACAGGAACCCGAAUGCAGCCAGGACGUCCUCACGCAUUACACAGGAGUAUUUCUCUCAGCUGACUUUAAACGAGAGACAGAAAACCUACGACUUUUUCUAUAUGGAUUAUCUAAUGUUCAACUAUUCCAGACCUUUCUCGGAUUUGCACUGAGGAGUUUGCGAAUGUAUAGACUGACAACUUCUCAAUUGCUGGGCUAUUGUUUUGUGGUUUUCAGUCUGAUUAUCUUUUGUUUAAUUUCUCUUUUUAAUGUAAUUCAUCAGUCUAUUUAUUCUGGCUUGGGCAUACUGGUUUGUGUGAACGUACACUACUCUCACAGAUCUCACGCACAUGCUCAUUAAUACUCACUCUCCCACUAAAUUUCAGUGACCACUUUAUCUCGAUCAGGGUCGCUGUGAAUCCAGAGCCUCUCCUGGGAACACUGGGAAUGAGGCAGGAAAUACACAUUGGAUGGGAUGCUAAUCCAGGGAUAUAAUGAAGGAAUGAAACAUGAUGAGGUGUGCUGUUAUAGAUAAACCUUUUACACAUGGGUUGUGUGCUGUCUGAUCUUUUUAUUUUUAUAGCAACACAUCCCAAAGUGUUAAAUUCCUCUUAUGCCACUUAAUGUGUAAUGUCUGUGAAGCAGGAUAGCUGCUAUUAUCACUUUUAUUAUAAUGGCUAUGAACAGCUGAUCCCUCACCUAGCCUCUCUUUUAAUUCCACUUGAAACUAAUAAGAAACAAUAUAAAGCUAAAGCACAAAGCCCUCGGUCUCGAACAGUCUCAGAAAACUUAAAGAAACAGCAUUAC